GAGAUGGUAGUGCUGCUUGGUGGUGGAUCAGCAAUGGAAUUUUUCCCGAAAGCCUACGCCCCGGGCCCCUCCCAACUCUGGCUCUGCACCCUUCUCCCCACCAGCCGCGGGCCAGGCCGCCCCGCCCUCUUGACCGAGACUUCAAUUCUCAGUGGCACUUGACGCGGAGCGUUUUCCCUGCUGUCCAGACAUUCUUCUCCGGGGUUCUCCUCUACAUCCUCCCCUUGCAGAGUAGGGCAGCUCCAGCCCGCUGUACUCAGAGGCUUGCAGUGCGCCGUUCUCCGCGCUGCAGCCACCUUGCCAGGGCAGGACUGGGGGUGAAGCAACGCCUGUCUGGUUGCCCCCGCCCAGUUGCAGACUUGGACGAAGACAGGAUCCUGCGGCUUGGAAGGCUGAGUUCCACAUCUAACCAAGCUCAGAGAGAACCCGCUCCAGUGCAUGGCCCUCAGGCUGUUUGAAGCAGUGUCUCUUUAUGGUCUAUGCUGGUGAGGUCCGUUAGAGCACAGACACCCAUGUCAGCAGAUAACCUUCCUACAAGAGGUCAAGAGGUGUUCUGUAUGGACAGCUGCUGGAAGCCCGUAGCCAUAGCCAGUUCUUCAUCAACUCUUAAGCAUCCACCUGGGCAUUAAGUAAUGAAAAUUUUGAAACCAUAUAUGAGGAAUGCAUCCAUCUCAUGCUGCUUGUGUUUCCUUCUCAACAGUCAUUUUUUAACUGAGGCUGGCAUUCAUGUCUUCAUUUUGGGCUGUCUCAUUAUCGGUCUCCCUAAAACAGAGGCCAACUGGGAAUAUAUAAGAAUUGACCUGGAAAAAAUUCAAAAUUUUAGUAAACAUAUUCAUAUUGAUACUACUUUAUACACUGACAUUGACUUUCAUCCCAGUUGCAAAUUUACUGCAAUGAAUUGCUUUCUCAUGGAGUUACGGGUUAUUUUACAUGAGUACAAGUACCAUGACGAAAACCUUACUGAUACAGUACUAAACGUGAUGAUUCUUGGAAACAGCACUCUGUUUUCUAACAAGAAUAUAGUAGAAUAUGGCUGCAAGAAAUGUGAGGAACUGGAGGAGAAAAACUUCACAGAAUUUUUGCAGAGUUUUAUACGCAUUGUACAAAUGUUCUCCGAAAAGUCUUGAUUGUAGUUAAUUCUCUUCAGAUAUUAAGACGCCUCCUCCUGCUGCUCAGACGCAGCACAGCUCUGUGCAUUUGAGAUCUGCUGGGAAAGCAAAGCUUUCUCACAGGAAGCUGAUGAGCUGCUUGGAUCCCAUAGACUCUUUGAAAUGAAGGGAGAAAAAGAGCUUUUCUCAGACUUUUUUUUUUGCUUGCUUAUUUUUAAUUUAUUACUGUAGUUGUACAUAUUUGUAAUAUAACAGAAGAUGUGGAAUAAAGUUUUGUGUAUAUUUUAUCAA